AUGACGGAGGUGCAUUUCAAGUACCAUGGAAAUCUCACCGGCCGGGCCCAUUUCCCUACCCUGGCGACAGAGGUUGACAACACUUCGGAUAAGUAUUCCAACCUCUACAUGUACGUGGGCUUAUUCCUGAGCCUCCUGGCCAUUCUCCUCAUCCUGCUCUUCACGAUGCUUCUUCGGCUUAAACAUGUCAUCUCACCCAUCACUUCCGAGAGCACGGAAAGUGUUCCUCAAUUCACAGAUGUAGAGAUGCAGAGUCGAAUCCCCACUCCUUAAAGCCAGGAUGAAUAUAAGCUUUCUUGGAUCUCAUUAAACCCUUGCAUGUUGACGUCCAGGAAAGCUUAUUUUGUUGCAUGUGGCUUCCCAUGUAGGGAAUCAACAAGUUGUCUAUUUAACAAGGUAUUCAUGAUUUUUUUGUGCUGUUCUUGGUUCUGCUUGUGGGAUAUCUAAAAGGUUUAAGACUCAUUCUUUGCCAGGAAUAAAGGAAAUGGCAGCUGGUUGGGAGGGCAGGUUUCCAUAGUAACCAAAGAGAGCCUGGGCCUUGAGCAAACCUCAGACCACAGAAAU